ACGCUCGCCAGCUGAGGCAACACUGAGCUUGUGCAGACGUGUGCGGUGAUUGUUGCCGGUGUGCUUAGGAGCUUAGUUUGAUAAGAUUUUAAAAUUUAAUCGCUUUGUGAAGUUGAUAUUAGGCUCGAGAAGAUAACAAUGUCCGUGUCGUCCGGAGCGUCUGGAGUGCUUUCGCUAUGCCUGUUCUGCCUACUAUUUGCAGCAAUGCAAAUCUACAGGACUCAACUUACUUCCAGUCAGCCAAUGACGAUCGUGGGUGGUUUCCUGGGAUCGAUCCUGUUCAUCCUCAUUUUGACUUUCACUGGCAACGUCCAGAAAAAAUUGUUUGGACAUGCUGUACAGACAAAGCUGUUUCCUGAAGUCGUAGGUUGCAUGGUUCUCGCCAUGACUGCUGCGGGUAUGGUGCACAGGGUUUGUGUAACAACAUGUUUCAUCUUCUCCCUCCUGGCGCUCUACUACUUGUCUAAAAUAUCGGUGAAGACCUACGGAACAGGUGUUUCCCCUCCGCCAGCUGCUGCACUCAGCAAAUCCAAGAAAGGACGAUAAUUAUGUUGCUCCCUUUGCAUUGUGCUUGUGGCAUUCAGUUCUUAACACCAUUUCCAUUUCUAUUAAAGGCUUUAUUUUGUA